AUGUUAAGAGACUUAAACCAACCACAAGGUGGUGAAGCAAAUGAAAUGUCAUAUGACGACAAAUAUAGACACUUCUCCAUGGCAAAGAUGAGACAAGUUUUAAAUAUUUACAAUAACCGUAAACAAAAAGGUUUGGGAAACCACUCCCCCGAAGAAAUGAAAAACAACCCUGACUUAGAGAAAGACUAUAUAUUUAAUAAUUUAGUCAAAAGAGACAAACAAGAAAGAAUGCCGGGCUUCAAACUUCAGAAAGGUGACAAAGUAAAAAUAGAAAUACCUAAACGCGACCCAUAUGAAAAUACUAUUGACUAUGACAACAAUGGGAACUCGACAGGUACUCACAUUCGUGUUCGUAAAAAUAGAAGAAAGUAUACAAGAGAAUAUUAUGAAGUUUUAGGCAAACAUGGCAAAAUGUACACACUGCAAGCAGAAGAUAAAACUACUAUUGUCAGACCUCGUUUCAAACUUGUCAAAGUUCAAGGUGGUAUACUUUCAAAGACAGUUCCUAACAAAUAUAAGACAACUCCUGACGAAUAUGCUAAAGAAGUUGAAAAUGACGACUAA